GAAACAAAUUAUACGUUUUUUGUUGUUCUAUUUUUACUUAAUCAUACCUAACCAGCAAACAUAAUUUAUAUAGUUUAUAGUUUAAUUAGAAUAUUAGUGUAAUUCGAACAUUUAAAAAAAAAAAAAUUCUAUUCGAGGUGGAUAAAUAUAUAAACGAUAAAUGAAUGAUAAUUAAUGAAUAAUUCAUAUAAAAAACAAAUAAGCCACAAUUUAAAGUUGAAUGCACAUGACGUGAAAAAGAUAAUAUAAAAAAGCUUGUUCUAUUAUAAUUAUUUCCUGUAUUUUAGAAAUUAUCUGUUAAGAAUUUUUAUUUUUAAAUAAGUGUUAGUUAUCUAUAUUAUCUGAUUGAUGUCUGUAAUUUCUUAUCUAUAGUAGAUCAUCUUUAAUUUACUAUUUUGAUAUAAAAAUAUUAACAGACACUAUCACUGCAUAGAUGAAGGUUUUCGUAAAUUUCAAAGAUUUCCAUAAUCAUUCGUGAGAAGUAUAAUCGAAUAUGAGUCGUGUAGAUUUAAAAGUUGUCUUACUAGGAAAUGCAGCAGUUGGGAAAACAAGUCUUUUAGAACGUUUUAUAAAUGAAAGAUUCAAUGAGAAUUUAUCCUAUCAAAACACAAUAGGAGCUGCAUUUGCUGCUAAACAAAUGGAAAUUAAUGGACAUAACAUUGUUAUGGGAAUAUGGGAUACCGCAGGUAACGAAAGAUAUGAUGCGAUGACAAGAAUAUAUUAUCGUGGUGCUAAAGCUGCAGUAGUAUGUUACGACGUUACAAUGUCUAGUACAUUUCAAAAAGCUAAGUUUUGGGUAAGAGAAUUAAGAGCUAUAGAAGAAGAGUGUAAAAUAUAUCUCGUUGGUACAAAAACCGAUAUUUUAUCAAAUUCUGUUAUAAUAGCAGAUCCAGGUAUAGAUAUUGUAACAAAUUAUGCAAAUGGUAUUCAAGCAAAAUUUUUUUUAACAUCAAGUAAAACCGGAGAAAACGUUGCGGAAUUAUUUACAGAAAUUGCUAGUGAUUUCUUAUCUGUACCAGAGAACUUACAAAAAUUGGAGGAAACGAUUAGCCUAACAAUUACGCCCAAAACAUCGCAUUGUUGUUAGACCAUAAAAACAAGUACAGUAUUAAAAUGUUUAAUACUUUUGUUCUUCGUACAAUAUUCAGAUAAAAGAGAUCAUGUAAAUCAUUAAUGCUACAUAUUAAUGUUUAGAAGCAAAACUUUAACGUACAAUAAAUUAUUCUUAUACAACACAUUUUUUUAGUAAACAAAUAAUUGGUAUUAGAACAUAUGUUGUGCUUUCUUAAUUAUUAUUUUAAUUAGAAAGAUUAAAUUAAUUACUGCUAAUAUUUUCUCUGACAAGAUGCAUUUCGUAUGCAUCUUUACAGUAAUUGUGAAUACAAUUAUUUGCAUUUAUAUAUUACAAAGUAA